AUGACUUUUGAUCAACAACAGACACGACCAAUGAACACAGCCAUGAGUAACGCGUGGCAUCACUCUAGGAGGGGUCGAGGACACAGGCAUAAGGAGCAGGGUCGACCGAACAGGGAGCGGGCGGUUGAGCAGAAAGCUGAAGACUCAGUGCCCCGCGGCGCCUGUUUGACUAUGUGCCCUGCCUAUGAAUUACGCCAGCGGGAGGCCCAGAAUCGACUGCACAGGUUUGAGAUGUUGGCCGGCACAGAGCGGGAUCGCUUGCCUUGUGCUGAUGUGUCACGUGCUGUCAAAGAGUACUCGCGACCUGCCGCGGGGAAGGACUCCACGAGAGCCAGUGACCUUCGGCCUCCAUCUGUGCUUUUAAAGACUGUGUGCUACCUAGUUGAUGACAUUGCAGCUUCCUCUACAUUUCAGCCAUGGACGGAGGUGUACAGUUUUGUGUCUGACCGCCUGCGUAGCGUUCGGCAGGACAUGAUUAUUCAGCGUGUGUCGGGGCCGGACUGUGUGGCUGUGCUGGAGAAAAGCGUGCGAUUCCUUCUCUACGCCUCCUACAGACUCUGCGGGCAGCUACUUCAAUAUUAUGACCCGCGGAUCAAUGACACUCACCUGCAGGAAAGCUUGAGCUGGUUGCUGGAGAGCUACAGAGAUGGGAAACACCGGCAUCAAGAGGAGUUCCAGGCCUUGAGUUUGCUCUAUAACUUGGGUUCAACUCAUGCCCUUCAACAUAUUCUUGAGCUGCCCGAGAGAAUGCGCAGCUCUCCUGCUGUUCAACUCGCUAUGGCUGUAAACAGGGCACAUUCGGAGCGCAACCCAGUUCGGCUGCUCCGUCUAGCCCAGAGACUGGACUUCAUCCAGGUCUGUGCCGUCCACCGACACCUGCUGCCCUGCAGGAGAGACCUGCUCCUGCUCUACAGCCACGGGCACAGCAGCCGCAACUGCCGCUACCCUCUGCAGAGACUGGCACGCCUCCUCUCUCUCAAAGACCCGCUGGCGGCCGAGCUGUGCCGGGCGUACGGCGUCAACGUCAGCGGAGAGUGGGUGAGCUUCUCUAAGAGCUCCUUCACCGAAGCUCCGUCUGCAGAUCUGCAGUGCAGGCGUACGCAUGAGCCGGUGGAUGACGAGCAGUGGAACUGUCCUGCCGGCAGCGUGAUUCACGGCUGUGCCUGAAACCACUGCUUUAAACUCUGGUUCAUUUGCACUUGGCGUAAUCUUUUAAUAAUUAACACUUCGGAGGCAUUUCCCACUUCUGGAAUGGUCAAAAAAGUUUCAAUAAAGUUUUUGUAUUUUAUAUAUA